AUGCAGAAGCUCUGUCCCAAUCUUGACCGCGAGGAUGGGCUCGAAACAGUGCUUGAGGUUCCCAUCCCAGAGAUUUUCACCGUGAAGAGGGGUAUCAGCAGAGCUUGGCAGAACGUGAAGUCAUGGAUGAAGCCAAACUUUGAAUCAAGAUCAUCAUCAUCACUCUUUGGAAGCCAAAACACAGACAUCCAGCUAUUGCUUAGUGUUUUGGGAGCGCCAUUAAUCCCUUUCCCUAUCACCUCUGAGAACCAACCCAUCAUCACCCACAGCAUUAAAGGCCAUCAUAACAUGGAGGCUUCCAUGGCGAAAUAUAUAGUGAAACAGUACGUGGCGGCUGUGGGAGGAGAGAGUGCUUUGAAUUCGGUGGAAAGCAUGUAUGCUAUGGGUCAGGUGAGAAUAGGAACCUCAGAGUUUUCUGCAGGGGAGAAUAACAAGAAGACGGUGAAGGUGAAGAAGGAGAAGAUGAAGCGAGAGAUGGGAGGUUUCGUGUUGUGGCAGAAGAGGCCAGAGUUGUGGUGCUUGGAGCUGGUUGUUUCUGGGUACAAGAUCAGUGCCGGGAGUGAUGGCAAAGUGGCAUGGAGGCAAACCCCUUGGCAACAUUCUCAUGCUUCUCGUGGCCCACCUAGACCACUUAGGCGUUUAAUUCAGGGUCUUGAUCCAAGAUCUACGGCCAAACUAUUCAACGAGUCCAUAUGCAUUGGGGAGAAGAGAGUGAACAACGAAGCAUGUUUCGUACUGAAACUUGAAACAGAGUCCACUUCAUUGCGAGCAAGAAGCAGCAGCAACAUAGAGGUAAUUAGUCACACAAUAUGGGGCUACUUCAGCCAGAGAACAGGUCUUUUGGUGCAGUUAAAAGACUCCCACUUGCUCAAACUAAAAUCCUCUGGAAGUGAUAGCAUAUUCUGGGAAACCAACAUGGAGUCCCUCGUACAAGAUUACAGAACCGUGGAUGGCAUUAACAUAGCACACGCUGGGAAGACUUGUGUCUCUUUGUUAAGGUUUGGUGAAGACCCUUCUCAGAGCCUUUCGACGACCCGAAUAGAAGAGGUUUGGCAAAUUGAAGAAGUGGACUUUAACAUUAAAGGGUUGUCCAUGGAUUGCUUUCUACCCCCUAGUGCUUUGAAGGGAUCAGAGGAUGAAAGAGGGGUAGCAGAGUGUGGGGUGUCUACUAGCAAUGCAAAAUCAUCAUUUAAGAUUUCAUCUGCUUCUUUUAAGAUUAGUUCUUCCAAAGUAGCUGCUGUAAAUGUGGAUGAUUCAAGUGCUAGUGAAAGCGAUGAAGACAUGUAA